AUGUCUACCGACUGGUCUAUUGCCUUUAAGCCAAUUCUCGACCUUCACUCUAAGGCCAUUUUUGCUGCAGGUUCCUCAUCUGUUGGAAAGCCUGUGGUGAGGAAGAUUCGGAGGGCCAUACUAGCUGCUCAAGACGAGCAAGAGGAACCCAUUGCCUUGCCUACUUCCUUGAAAAAGGCAAUAAAAGAAUACUAUGCCAAAAGUCUCAAAGACAAGGAAGAGGCAGACGAACGUGAGGCAGCGAGUCGCCCAAGAGAACCAUCUUUCUAUAAGAAACCCCUGUCUGAGUGGGAUGUAGCACAGAAAUUAUUUAAGCAGGAGAUCGACUCAUAUGACAAGGCCCAACAACAGAGUAAAGGCUUGGAGUAUUCAAUCAAGUACCGCACUGGGAAUGCCAGGGAGUGGUUCAACAACAUGACACCUUCACAACAGCAGGAGGUCAAGUUUGCCAUGAAGAAAUGGAAUGAGGAGGGGGCGCCAGAAGAAACUCAGGCAAUAUAUUGUAAGAAUAACCUCAAGAAAACUCUGGAAGAUUUUGCAGAGCAAAUUCGGCGCACCAUGGGUUGUCGCAUAGUAAUGCUUGUUAGUCAUAAGAAAAAAGCUAGUCAGACAUUGUCCGUCAGUCUACACGAAACUACGCCUCAGAAUGCCAAGAAAAAAUUUUCUGUGAGCUCGAGUGGUAUCAAGGAGUGGGCUGCAAAUGGAUUUGAAUCCUUUGGAGAAUGGUCUAAGACUGAAUUUUACCCUUCAGAGGAUUCAGACCAUGCGGCUUCAGACUGUGAGGAUGGACCUGUCUUACCUGAAAUCAUAGUAGAUGAUGAGGGGUAUGCAAAACUUCCUCUUCGUGAUGGUAUUGGCCUCAAGGGCCAACACGAAUUGAUUAGAAAAGUCUGCACAGGUGGCUCUAGACCUGUACCUUGGGGCGUGAUAACUGCCAGCCCGUCCAAUUAUUUGGAACCUGGUUCAGUUCCCACAGGAUUUGUGGUCAAAGACCCUUCUCAUAUGAAGACAGAGGAGGCCAAGGAUGCUGAUAUUCGGGUCACUGGGAAGUCCAAGACGAAAGUAGUGAGCACCCUAGACUUAGAUGAAGAAGAUCAAGGCCGGCCGGCUCCAUUUGCCUCUCAUUUCACAGAACGUACAACACAGCCGGCCGCUCAUGAGACAACACCAGAUGAUGUUGCCAUCAAUGACCGAUACACAUUUUUAGAAACCCUUAGCAAGAAUGAAAACUACUUGGAGCUUGUGGACGCCACUAGGGACCUGGCAAUAUUAGCCAAACAGAAUCCAAUUUCAGAGCGACACCAAGAUUUGCCUACCUGGGCUGACUGGUCUUGGAGCGAAAAUUAUCUUUCCGAGGACAUUCACACCUCAUAUGCGACAUUGAUGGCCAGCUUAAACAAGCUACAGACCUGUCCAAUCUCAGGGCCAUCAUCGGCAAUGCCAGUAAUACUAGGAAUUGGGCUCCUCUAUAGGGAGUCUAAGCGUGUGAUAGAGUAUGAGGAAGACGAGGCUGAUCCCAAUACCCCUUUCUACCUACCUCAUUCUGCUAUUGAUCUACAGUUCUUGGUCGCUCUGGAUGAGGCUGUCCGGGAAGUCUUAUUCUCAGUUGUUGGUCAGAUUGAGAGGCUGAACAAAGAGGGACUCAGUGACGAGGUUGAGGAUGAGGAGAUGAGGAUGGUGGUAGAGAAGGAAAGGCAUGAGGUUGAGGAGAAGGAUGUUGAGUCAGAGGAGAAUGUAGUUGGGGGAGAAGAACAGCAGGAGCAGGAGGUUGAAGAGGUGGUGCAGAAAGGGAGGAAGAGAAAAAUUAACCAUGCUUCAUCAAACUCUCGCACUGCCUGGUGA